AUUUAUGACCUCGGAAGUCAGAGUACUAGGGUAGUUGUAACGGUUCCUGACUUCCUGUUGAAUCACUACUGAGUAGUGAGUAGUGGGUACUCACUAGGCAGAGGACAAUACUUUUGUUCGAACUAUACACUCGAAGCACAUAUUGAUUCUAAAUCAGAUAUUAAUCAGGUUUCUUGUGAUAUACAAUUCUAGAAUACGAUAGAAUUAUUUAUAGAGAAAUUCAAAAUGUCUGUCAAACAAGAGCAUCCUUUAAUUGUAAAAUCAGAAACAAAACUUGACAUUAAGAAGUGUAAAAAUGAUGAAGAAUCUGAAAGGACUAAGGAGGGUAAAAAUAAUGAAGAAUCUGAAAGGACUAAAACUCCAGAUAAUAAAGCUGAAGAAACAAAGAUAGUUAAGACUGAAUCAGAACCAGUAAUUGAAGAGAGGCCAAUAUUUGUAUGCAAAAACUGUAAUCUGACUGAACGAUAUGAUUGUUUUAACAACCAUGUUUCAUUUAAUCGCAAUGUGGGAACAAAAGUUGAUUGUUAUUUAGCAAGAGAUCCAUUUUCUCCACGCAGCAAAAGACAAUUCUUAAUCUUAGGAUCAGUAUGUUCUAUGUGUGAUAAAGACGUUUGUGUUAAGCCUGAAUGCAGUAUAUUUUAUUCAAAGUUUUUCUGCUCUAUAUGUGCAAGAAAAUAUAUUUCCAAUUUUCCUACUAGUAUUCAAGAAAAAAUCAAAUCUGCAAAAAGAAUUUAAAAAAUGACACAAUUAUAAAACGAACAUAAUUUAUACCUUUUUGAAAAUUGUUUAGUUUUUUUAUUGUAUAUCUUUGUUAUAAACAUGAACAUGGAUAAAUAAGAUAUGAAUCAACUCUGUUUGAACUGCAACAUUUUAUAUAAUAUUAUUGUAAACUAUUCUUAUUUUUUUUUUUUUUAUUGAAAUGACAGUUUAUUUUU